AUGAGCCUCAUUUCUAGGAUCAGACGUCCUCGUCAGAAGCCAUUAGAUAUCGAAAUGCAGAACACCUCCGAGUUGCAAUCUGAUUCUGCCCUGAGACCACAAAAGAAAAAGGUUGAUAUUAAUGAUCCAUCUUCACCUAGAAGGUUGACCGAUGAACCCAUUAAAGAGUUCUAUACAUGUUUCAAGAGUAGGAUUAAUGUAACAAUGUCUAAGCAUCUGACUGAGCUAAGUCGUAUUCCAGGCAUAGACACCAAUGCCAUAGAAGUGGCUGCAAAUAGUUUUUCCACCGAAAUUUGUACUAGAAUCGAUAAAUACCAGACCUGGGAGGCUCUUAUGAUCAAAUCAACGAUCGAAAUGAGAACUGGCUUAGGUGUACCAUUUAGGCCAGAACCAAAGGAUUGGACAACACAGCUCAAUACCUUCGAAGACGACCUCAAUCGCAUCUUGCGGAGGAGAAAUCGGUUCGGCCUGCUUACAAUGCUGUCUGAAAGAAUUUACGAUCUGCUCAUUGCAGAAUUACAAAAGUGUACCAGUAAACAUAUCUCGCAACUCCGUUCGCUCUAUCAACAUGAGUAUCAAGGUGCAUGGUGGACCUGUUACAUUAUGAAAGAGUAUGGAAUUUCUAAAGUCGUUAGAGUACCAUUGAUCGUUCAAGAUUAUUCUCCGUUGGCAACCAUAUGCAGCUUGUUUACCUUCUUCUGGAAGAUAACUCCUAAGCAGUUCGAGGAAUAUUUUUGGUUCAGAGUUUUAGGAUGUAUUGCUUUGAGCAUCGUUGCAUUUCUCGCUUUAGUGCCUUUGGCGAAUGGAAGGUUGAUGUUUCGCCUUUGGUCAUUUCAUUCCGAGGUGAGACCAUUGUACGAUUGUGCGAUCCAAUAUCUUCCGGAUUCCGAUACAAAUUGGCCAUAUCCACCAUUCGGUUUUAGAAUCACAUUGUGCUUUUGGAGGACGGGUGGAUUUCUUCCGCAGGUUUAG